CGCUUGGCGAUGCAGGCGUAUCUUCCACCUUAUCCACCAAGCGAAAUGUUAAUUCCGUCAUAGCAACUUAUCUUCAUCGUCAUUUUUUAUGCCUUUGUUCUGCGAAUUGCAGAACCAUGGCGUCUUCUCCCACUCCAAUCCCUCCACUAUCUUUUCCCAAUCCCACAUCAAGAUCAAGAACAAAGCCAAGACCAAUACCAAACAGACCACCGUCUUCGUUGCCUCCUGCGUUGAACCCCACCCCCAAAUCUCCGCCCAAGGAACUUUACUUCAACCGCGAUGGCUCUACCUUUAAAAAACUUCAGGUCGGAGUUAAUUUGGUGGCGGAGCUGGUGGGUGUUACGUUAGGGCCGAAGGGAAGGAAUGUGGUGCUUCAGAACAAAUAUGGACCGCCCAAGAUCGUUAACGAUGGCGAAACUGUCCUGAAGGAGAUUGAGCUGGAAGACCCUUUAGAGAACGUUGGGGUGAAAUUGGUGAGACAAGCUGGAGCAAAGACAAAUGACCUUGCUGGUGAUGGUUCCACUACAUCUGUCAUUCUUGCUCAGGGAUUGAUUGCUGAGGGUAUGAAGGUUAUUUCUUCUGGCAUGAAUCCUGUUCAAAUUGCACGUGGGAUUGAGAAGACUGCAAAAGCACUAGUUUCUGAGCUGAAAUUGCUGUCAAGAGAGGUUGAAGAUCAUGAGAUAGCACAUGUGGCGGCAGUUAGUGCAGGGAAUGAUUAUGCUGUGGGAAAUUUGGUUUCACAUGCAUUACGUCAAGUUGGUCGGAAGGGAGUCGUUCAAAUUGAAAAGGGGAAGAGUAUCGAUAACAGCCUGCAAAUUGUUGAAGGGAUGCAAUUUGAUCGUGGAUAUUUAUCUCCAUACUUUGUUACUGAUAGAAAGAAGAUGGUAGUAGAAUUCCAUGAUUGCAAGUUACUAUUGGUCGACAAAAAAAUCUCAGAUCCAAAGGAGAUGUUUAAAAUAUUGGACAGUGCUGUGAAAGAGAAAUACCCAAUUGUGAUAUUGGCAGAGGGCAUUGAGCAGGAAGCUCUGGCUCCAGUAAUUAGGAAUAAACUUAGAGGUGUGCUGAAGGCAGCUGCUAUCAAGGCUCCUGCCUUUGGCGAGCGCAAGAGUCACUACUUAGAUGACAUAGCCACCUUAACUGGAGCUAUUGUGGUCAGAGAAGAUAGUGGAUUGACUUUAGAAAAGACCGGCAAAGAGGUAUUGGGCUCUGCUAGUAAGGUUGUUAUAUCAAAAGAUUCCACUCUAAUAGUUACAGAUGGGAAUACUCGGGAAGCUGUUCGAAAAAGGGUCUUACAAAUUCAAAAGCUUAUGGAGAAUACUGAGGAAAAAUUUCCGAAGAAGAUAUUGAAUGAGAGAAUUGCAAGGUUAUCUGGGCGAAUUGCAAUACUUCAGGUAGGAGCACAAACUGAGGUUGAGUUGAAGGAUAGACAGUUAAGGAUUGAGGAUGCUUUGAAUGCAUCAAAGGCUGCUAUUGAAGAAGGUGUUGUCGUUGGUGGAGGUUGUUGUCUUUUAAGGCUGUCUACGAAGGUGGAUGCUAUAAAGAAUGUCCUGGAAAAUGACGAACAGAUGAUUGGAGCCGAAAUUUUCAAAAGAGCUUUGAGCUAUCCUACAAAACUAAUAGCGAGAAAUGCCGGUGUCAAUGGAAGUGUUGUUAUAGAUAAGGUUCUUAUUAACAAUGAUUUGGAUUAUGGAUAUAAUGCCGCCACAGAUCGUUACGAGGAUCUAAUGAAAGCUGGAAUCAUGGAUCCAUCAAAGGUCGUGAGAUGUUGCCUGGAGCAUGCCGCUUCUGUUGCCAAAACUUUUCUGACAUCUGAUGCUGUUGUAGUUGAUAUGAAGGAACCAGAGCCCAUAUCAAAAAGAACACCGAUGCCAAUCUCAGGCAAAUGGGUUAACAAAUAUAUGAGCCUUUAUUCUCUGAUAUCAAUUUGUUUUGAUUAACAACCCUGCUUUUGAUGUUAUAGGCGGCAUCAGACAAAUAGGGCUCUAGCUCGACGGACGAGAUCAAAGUAUUUCGGGAGUAUUCCCACGUUGAAGGAAUUCUAUGGUAUUUAGUCACCACCAGACGAAUGAGUCUCGACUCUGGAGCUGCCAUUAAAAGGGUAUGUAGCCCAUUUUGUAGCCAUGAACUAGCUGAUACAAGGCAUGUUGAGCAACAAGGUCAAAGACAAGGAGGCCGAUAAUUUGUAGAGAGAAUGCUCUCUUCAUAGACGAGCAUUUGAUUACGGUAGAAAAUCCACAAGUCAGUCAAACUUGUUGCAAGCCAAAAUUUCCUGUGAUGUAUUUUGUUGAUUGGGAUGUAACUGGGAUGAGGGCCAAAAUUUUAAGACUCGUUUGUAUUUGAGAACUGUCUACGACUUAAAGAUUUUGUCUGACUAAUGCUGUAAUCUUACAUCCAUGGGUGACUAAUUUAUAAGGUCUAAAUACUACUUUGCUUUGAUUUUUGUACUUUCAA